AUGCCGACAACAAACGAACAAGAGCCCCCCGCCGCCGAGGCAAUACCACCUCUUUCUACAGAAAACCUCUCCAGUAAUCACACUCACACUCACGCCCAAUCCCAAGCAGACGAUUAUACUCGCUCCAGCAAGAGCGGCAAGUUCCGAUUCAAAUCCUCGCGCUCGUCACGAUCGGACUCGAAGCCGCGCGACUAUAGGGAUCGCGAACGUGAUCGUGAACACCGACACCGUCACCAUCACCGACAUAAGCGCAGUCACCAUGACCAUGACCAUGACCGUAAACGAACCGACCAUGCCUCCUCUACAAAACGUCACAAAUACGCUCAUCGCACACCCUCCCCCAACCCGUCCUCGACGACGACGAACCCAAAUCCCACCAGGGGGCUCUCGCCUAACGCAGCCUUCCGGGAAAGUUUAUUCGAUGCGCUAGGAGAUGACGAAGGCGCGUCGUAUUGGGAGUCUGUGUAUGGGCAACCGAUUCACAAUUUUGCCGUGCCGUCCGUCCCGAACGGGCCUGAGGGUGAGCUGGAACAGAUGGGUGAGGAGGAAUACGCUGCGUAUGUGCGGACUCGCAUGUGGGAGCGGACGAGAGAGGGGAUGAUCGAGGAGCAAGAGCGGUUGAGGGCUGAGCGGAUGAGGCAGAAGAGACGCGAGGAGAGGGGUGCGAGGGAGGCGAAGGAGCGGAGUCGGUUUGAGAGGGAUAUGGAAGAGAGUCUAAGGAGGGGGCAGGCGCGGAGGCGUCUGAAAGCGUGGAAGGCGGUUUGGGAGGAAUAUGCAAGGUCAUGGGAUGAGGUUGAUCGGGCCGCUGCUGCCGCUGCGGCAGGCCCAGCCGAGGGCAAGAGCAGUGAUGAACGGAAUCGAUUGCGCAAUCUCCUAUACUGGCCUGUCGAGACCGGGAAACGAAGAGAUGUGUCGAGAGAGGCAGUUGAGGAGUUUAUGCGGCAUGCGCUGGUGUCAUCCGGCGAUACAAAGGAUCAGUCCGGCGCCGCUGAUUUACUAUCGACGCUGAAGGCAGAGCGAGUUCGGUGGCAUCCCGACAAAAUCCAGCAUCGCUAUGGAGUACUGGGUGUGGACGAGGUCGUCAUGCGCAGCGUUACGGAAGUUUUCCAGAUUGUGGAUACCAUGUGGAACGGGCUGAAGGAGAAGCAUUCAUGA